ACUAGUUUGUGGCGAUUUCAACCUCCCUGGAGUGAACUGGGAUACCUGCACUGGACCGAGAACCUACGAGGUGAUCCUAGAAGCCAUAGAUGUGGGAGGAUGGAAGCAGUGCGUACGCCUCCCAACACGACACAACAAUAUACUCGACUUAAUCCUCUGUCACAAAAUAGAGCCGAUCUCGAUAGAGGUGAGGGAUAAACUCGACAACAGUGACCACAACAUACUGUACUGCACCCUACCCUUACAACUAACAACUAAACACACACCUAAGAGUUCCCCGGUUUACUAUCAAUAUAGGGACUAUCGAAAUGCCGACUGGGAAUUCCUACCAACGCUCUUGAGAAGCUCAGACUGGGGUGAAUACUUCACCAAUAAUAACUUAGAAGUAAUACUAAAUACCUUCUACAAGACAAUCAGUUCGGUAAGAGACACAAUCGCACCCCUGAAAUCUGCCCUAAAGACACCAACUCUGUUCAUAGAUCGCAAAACGCGAAUAAAACUAAGGAAACUAAAAAGGAGAUUUUAUUUAUACAAAGAAUUUAAUGCAUUACACCUGAUACACGAAAUAUUUAAAAAUUUAGAUGAGAGACAUAAAAUGAAAGCACAAGUCGAGGAAAAUAAAGCCCUAGAGGGCACCUCUAAAACCCAGGAACUCUGCAAAAUCUUGCAAAAACGGAUGAAGAAGGGUGAAGAAAACAAUAUCAGUCAUUUAGAACACGAAGAUAUAAUUUAUGAUGAUCCCCAGAUCAUUAGUGAACUCCUGAGUGAGUGGUUCUCCAAUAACACCAAAGCACAUCCGUCCCCAAUUCUCGACAUAACCUGCAAAAAUAACUACAAGUUAGGUGAAAUAAACUUUAAUAUACAAAAUAUAGCAUCGGCGGUAAGGACAUUAAAAGCUAACAGUAGUUGUGGGAUAGACGAUAUACCAUCCGUCAUAUACAAAAACGGUGGUACGGAUAUGAUUGUAUUAUUACUUAGAAUAUUUAAUAUCUCACUAGUGACCGAAACCUACCCUGAAACUUGGAAAAACACAUAUAUAUUACCUAAGCAUAAAGGAGGGGCCAAAACUAGUGCAUGUAAUUAUAGGCCUAUCAAUAUAACACCAGUCAUAUCAAGGAUCAUGGAGAAAGUAAUCAAAGACCAAAUGUCAGACUACUUUCUAAAACAUAAACUCAUCAACCUGUCACAACACGGAUUCCUCAAGAAAAGAUCUUGCGUCACUUGCCAUAUAGACUUUUUCAACGAAGUCACCUAUAGAAGAGAUAGGAGAGAGCUAGUGAUUAUCCUCUAUUUCGAUAUAAGGAAAGCCUUCGACAGAGUCCCACAUAGUCUGUUAGUCGGUAGGCUAUGCUCACUAGGGAUACGCAACCCCCUCUACAAUUGGAUAAAAUCAUUUCUGUAUGACAGGAAUCAGACAACUAAAGUUGGCUCAAUGACCUCCAGACCUAGACCAAUCAGCAGUGGUGUCAUCCAGGGGAGUGUAUUGGGACCCCUUCUUUUCAUUAUAUACAUAAACAGUAUAUGUGAAUGUUUUAGUAUAGGCAAGCCAAUACUGUAUGCAGAUGACUUGAAGGUGACAUAUACCUGCACAAAUACAGAUAUCGGCCCAACUAUGAACUCCAUACAUGAAGAAUUAGCAAAAAUGGAUAGAUGGUGUGACACGUGGAGACUUGAGUUUAAUGUUGAAAAGUGUGGAUGGCUCUGCAUAGGCUGUUCCAACCUUGACCUCAACCUAGCAAUUCAGGGCCACAAAAUCCCCAGACUCAAAUCUGUACUAGACCUAGGACUGAAAUAUUCACACAAUCUAUCAUUUUCAGAGCAUAUCUCGAAUCAAGUGUCGAAAUCACGAAGGCUUAUUGGUUUCCUACUCAGGAACUUCUACAGAAACGAGUCCAGAAUACUACUGUACAAGGUAUGUGUGCGCCCACUCCUAGAUUACUGCUCAUUCAUAUUCAGCAGUACACGCAUAGAAGACAAACUGAAAGUAGAAGGAGUACAGAGGUACUUCACGCGAAAAGUACUCGGAACCGAUAACGGCACAAACUACUCUACCAGAUGUGAAAUCCUGGGACUAGAAACAUUAUGGUUAAGGCGACUGCGACUAAAUCUGUUACUCUUCUAUAAGCUUCUUAACCAAAUAGUGUAUACCCCUGCUAACUAUACUCGGUCCUCAGGUAACACAGGAUACAACCUUAGGCACACUAAAGGUACAGUGGCUAUAGAACCAUGUAAAACAGCCACCAGGCAAAAGUUUUUCUUGAUUAGGUAUGCCCAAAUAUGGAACAAACUACCUGAGAAAAUACGACUAGCAAGCACAUUGGCCUCCUUUGAAAAGGCACUUAAUGACACACUAAGUGAGUUUGUAAUUGAUACCAAUGGUAAUUCCCAUGUAAGAGUUUCAGAAAUCAUAGGCCCAUUUAAUGUAUGAACUCAGAGACUACACCUGUUGUUUGUUUUGUCUCUAUUUAUAAUUCCAGACAAAAAAGCAGCAGUCAUGACAAUAACACCCAUUCAACCAAGAGUCGAUCAAACUAUGUCUACCUGAUACAAAGGGCGAACCAUAAUCAACAUACGAAUGAAAUAUGAGAAAACAAGGUAGAAACUUACCGCAACACCACAUGAAAAGAUAAAAGUUACUUGGAUAUCAUUUAUAAUCCACCAACUGGUCUCCUACCCAAAAAGAAUGCGGCGAUGUUUUAUCCAAAAAGGCGAGGAAAUACAUAAACCCACAGCAGCUGUUGUUAACACUCAGUGGGGGUAGGAGCCAACAAAGUAAUCCUUUCAAAGCAUAUGUAUACUUCAAAUGGACACGGAGACUUUGUAGAUUACGUUAUAAUCCAAAUCACUGCCUCUACAGCGCCAAUAAACCUGGAUAUCUAUGAUAUAACGAAAACAUGCUGAAAGCUGCAUCUCAGAUCAAGUUGACUCAUUCCAUGGUAAUGAUCUCCUCCUGCGUGCCUUAUUCGACAUAUUGAAUGGAAUGGUUCGCAGUUAUUCUGGUACUAGAUCGAAAAGAAUAAAAAAUUCACCGGUUGCUGAAUCAAAAGUACUUCUCUGCAUGUUUAACUGUAUUCUAACUGCUAUGAUUAAUUCCAAACCAUUUAUCCCAUAAUCACUCAAAUUCCAGGAACGAUCCAAUUCUACCAUUUAAAGAAGCUGGCGGACACGAUGUAAAUGAGUAUUCAUGAUCUGAAAUAAAGAAGCAACUGGUUUUCAACAUUUUACUCAACUUACGAGUACAGUCCGCCAUGCAGACACAAAUGGCGCAAAUGGA